AUGCGCGGCGAGCUGACGCUCGAAUUUCUGGCCGCGCACGAGCUGCUGCCCACUGACGCGCAGGUGUCUCGCCCCGGCGGAAGCUUCGUCUUCCACGAAUGGGAGCAGGCACGCGACCGCAAGGAGCGCCACGAGCGCUGCCGUGCGGGCGGCUUCAGGGUGCUCGAUCGCGUCACACCCGAUCUUCUGCUCAACUGCACCGACGCGGCCCCCUGCCUGGCCACGGACCUGAUCACCGACUGGCGCGCGCUGCGGGACUGGACCACUGCAUUCUUCCGCGCCGAGCUCGCGCCGCUGCUUGAGGAGAGAGACGUUCACGAGUGGAACUUUUCGAGGCCGACCGCCUUCGCUAAGCCGGCGGCCGGCACACGCGGCGUGGGCAGAUACUUUGAUGACUGGAACGCACUCACCUACGUCGGGGUUCACCCUCGCUGGCUGAGCCUGCAGCGGGAGAAUGCGCUCUACUUUAGCGCGUGCACGACGCUUGACCACCCUCUCGGGCCAAAGUGCCCCAGCUGGUGGCCUGCGAAGAGGGAGAGCCUCCCCACCCCGCGGCUGCUAUCGGCGGGGCCGCGUGAGCUCUCCCGGCACCUGUCCUUCCAGGCCUAUGGCACGAGCCACGGCUUUCACAAACACUGCGCUGCGUGGCACGGGCUCUUCGCCGGCCGAAAGUCGUGGUACAUGCUGCCGCGCGAGGUGCACUUGUUCGACGAGAGCGGCGCGGAGCGCGGCUCGUACGACUUUCCGUUCGACGAGAACCCGGAGCUGCAGCGCGCCAACAGCGUCUGCGGCUUCAAGCCGAGCGUGGACAUCGACGUUAGGCGCGAGCUGCACACGUGCGUCCAGGCGGCAGGCGAGGUCGUCGUCGUGCCGAACAAGUGGUGGCACUCCACGUGUGCGCUGGAGCCAUACACGGCCGGGAGUGGGGGCCUAAUCGAUGUCUGCUGA